AGUGGCUGCCCCUUGGUGACAAUGGCCGCGUGACUGCCUGCCAUGGCCCACCGGAAGCGUCCGAACACGGCGAGCAGCAUGCUGGACCACAGGGCAAGGCCGGGCCCGGAGCCCGAGAGCGAGGAUGCAGAGCUGCCCCUGGAGGAGUACGUGCCCAAGGGCCUGGAGCUGGCGGCCCUGCGGCCCGAGAGCCCUGAACCCACCGAGCAGGGCGGCCACGACCACAGCCCCGACGGGGACUCCAGCUCCGACUACGUGAACAACACCUCUGAGGAGGAGGACUAUGACGAGGGCCUCCCUGAGGAAGAGGAGGGCAUCACCUACUACAUCCGCUACUGCCCCGAGGACGACAGCUACCUGCAGGGCAUGGACUGCAAUGGGGACGGCUACCUGGCCCACGACGCGCGCCACCUGGAGACAGACGAGUGCCAGGAGGCGGUGGAGGAGUGGACGGAUCCGGCAGGCCCGCAACCGCACGGCCACGGGGACCAGGGCAGCCCCGGCUACCGGGACAGCCACCUCCCCACCCCAGAGGUUGAGGCCUCUAUGCUGGAGGCCCAGGACCAGGAAGAGGGUGUCCACUACUGUCCCGGUGAAGAGGCCUACCAGGACUACUACCCCACUGAGGCCAACGGGAACGAGGGCAGUGCAUCCCCCUACCGCCCGAGGCGCGGGGACGGGGACCUAGAGGACCAGGAGGAGGACAUCGACCAGAUCGUGGCCGAGAUCAAGAUGAGCUUGAGCACGAGCAGCAUCACCGGUGCCAGCGAGGCCAGCCCUGAGCACACGCCGCUGCGGGCGCCCGAGCCGGGGCCCGGGGGCUCCUCGGAGGCCUGCCCGCCUGCUGAGGCCCGCCGCGGCCCCAGCAGACACGAGGGCCGGCCCAAGUCCCUGAACCUGCCUCCCGAGGCCAAGCACCCCGCAGACCCCCAGAGAAGCUUCAAGACCAAGACCAGGACUCCCGAGGAGAGGCCAAAGUGGCCCCAAGAGCAGGUUUGCAAUGGUUUGGAGCAGCCGAGGAAGCAGCAGCGCUCUGAUCUCAAUGGCCCUGUUGACAAUAACAACAUUCUAGAGACGAAGAAGGUGGCAUCAUUUCCAAGUUUUGUGGCUGUUCCAGGGCCCUGUGAGCCAGAAGACCUCAUCGAUGGGAUCAUCUUUGCUGCCAAUUACCUGGGCUCCACCCAGCUGCUCUCGGAGCGGAACCCAUCCAAAAACAUCAGAAUGAUGCAGGCACAGGAGGCCGUCAGCCGGGUCAAGAGGAUGCAAAAGGCUGCUAAAAUCAAGAAGAAAGCGAAUUCUGAGGGGGAUGCUCAGACGCUCACCGAAGUGGACCUCUUCAUCUCCACCCAGAGGAUCAAGGUGUUAAACGCAGACACACAGGAGACCAUGAUGGACCACGCCCUUCGCACCAUCUCCUACAUCGCGGACAUCGGGAACAUCGUGGUGCUGAUGGCCAGGCGCCGCAUGCCGCGCUCAGCCUCCCAGGACUGCAUCGAGACCACCCCCGGGGCCCAGGAGGGAAAGAAGCAGUAUAAGAUGAUCUGCCACGUGUUUGAGUCCGAGGAUGCUCAGCUCAUUGCCCAGUCCAUCGGCCAGGCCUUCAGCGUGGCCUACCAGGAGUUCCUGCGGGCCAACGGCAUCAACCCCGAGGACCUGAGCCAGAAGGAGUACAGCGACAUCAUCAACACCCAGGAGAUGUACAACGACGACCUCAUCCACUUCUCCAACUCGGAGAACUGCAAAGAGCUGCAGCUGGAGAAGCACAAGGGUGAGAUCCUGGGUGUGGUGGUGGUGGAGUCGGGCUGGGGCUCCAUCCUACCCACCGUGAUCCUGGCCAACAUGAUGAAUGGAGGUCCAGCUGCCCGCUCAGGGAAGCUGAGUAUCGGUGACCAGAUCAUGUCCAUUAACGGCACCAGCCUGGUGGGGCUGCCACUCGCCACCUGCCAGGGCAUCAUCAAGGGUCUGAAGAACCAGACACAGGUGAAGCUCAACAUCGUCAGCUGCCCGCCGGUCACCACCGUCCUCAUCAAGCGGCCAGACCUCAAGUACCAGCUGGGCUUCAGCGUGCAGAACGGCAUCAUCUGCAGCCUCAUGCGCGGGGGCAUCGCGGAGCGGGGCGGCGUCCGCGUGGGCCACCGCAUCAUCGAGAUCAACGGGCAGAGCGUGGUGGCCACGGCCCACGAGAAGAUCGUCCAGGCGCUGUCCAACUCGGUGGGAGAGAUCCAUAUGAAGACCAUGCCUGCCGCCAUGUUCAGGCUCCUCACAGGCCAGGAGACCCCGUUGUACAUCUAGGCUGCCCGCCU